AUGGCACUUCUUGAAGAGUUCGAGAAUGCUUUCCAGGCAUGUCUUGCUCCGUACAUCUAUCCCACUUCAUCGCACAUCUUCGACGACGACGAGCUGAAGGCCAAUGCCGAGAAUAUCACCCGCUUUCUGGAGGUGUCUCGCCAGAUUGAGAACGACUUCAUCAUGAAGCGCGCCAUCCUCGCUGACCAGCGGCCGGAGCUCAUUCUCAGCGAGGAGAUCGCCGAACUGAAGUCGGAAAUUCAGCGAAAGGACCACCUGCUAAGCAAGUACUACGAGAAACUGAGCAAGUGGACGGCGGUGGUCAACGACACCUGCAGUGGAAAGCUGCCCAACCCAAAUGCCGGCCACACCACUGCCACGACCAUGUCUGGCGGCGGCGGACCCAGCCCAGCAAUGCAAAUGCAAAUGCCGCCCAAUAUGAGAAUGAACCCGGGUGGCCCGCCCGGACCUCCGCCGCCGAACAUGGGCGGCCACCCCAGUGGGCCCUUAGGACCUCAGAUGAAGCCGAUGCCAGGGCAGGCCGGUGGUGGCAAUGUAAACUCGCCGAUGGGCGGCCACUCGCACGCUGUGGGCAGUCCGAUGAUGGGCCAACCGCCGACGCCGCAGCAGAUACGUCCUCAAGGCUCGCCCAUGGUGGGCCAGCAAAUGCCGCCGCAGAUGGGGGGCAACCCGAACGUGGGCGGACUGCAGGGCCCGCUCGCCUACCUCGAACGGACCACCUCCAACAUUGGCAUGCUCGACAGCAGAAGAUGA